AAGCCAGUUCAAAGGGCUGUAGGACUAGUAAAAUGGAAGGAAAAAUAUAAGUUAAAAUUAAAAUAGAUUAGCGUGUAAGUGGAAAGUGGUUUGUGUAGAAAUUUGUUGAAAAGGAGACGUAGACGACGACUACGACUGGUACAAGAUGCCUGGCAAGGUGGGUGUAAAGAUAAAGGCGGCACGGAAUUUGCCUGUGAUGGACAAGAGCAGUGAGACAACAGAUGCUUUUGUGGAAAUCAAAUUGGCCUCCGUAACCCACAAGACAGAUGUCUUCCGCAAGAGCUUGAAUCCCACUUGGAAUACAGACUGGUUUCGUUUUGAGGUGGAUGACGCCGAGUUACAGGAUGAACCACUUCAAAUUCGUUUGAUGGAUUAUGAUACCUAUUCAGCUAACGAUGCAAUUGGCAAGGUAAAUAUCAGUCUGAAUCCCCUGUGUCUGGAGAGUUCUAGUCAAGCUGGCCAUGGCAAAGGCUCUGUGCUGUCAGGAUGGAUUCCAGUUUUCGAUACAAUGCAUGGCAUACGCGGCGAAAUUAAUGUAAUAGUUAAAGUGGAUCUAUUUUCGGAUGUCAACAAGUUUAGGCAAAGCUCUUGCGGUAUUCCCUUCUUCCACUCCCAAUGUGUGCCAUUUGGUUAUCGUGCCCAGGUGAUUCAUGGUUUUGUUGAAGAACUGGUGGUCAAUGAUGACCCAGAAUAUCAAUGGAUUGAUAAAAUACGCACUCCCCGUGCUUCCAACGAGGCCCGACAGGUGGUCUUUCUUAAGCUUUCAGGACAAGUACAAAGGAAAAUGGGUCUAAAGGCCAUUAAUUUGGGUGCGAAUGCAGUGAUUGGCUAUACCCAAUGUUUUGAUCUAGAGGGUGAUGUGGGUGUAGUGGCUCGAGGAGUUGGCACAGCCGUCACACUCAUCAAAGACACCAGCAGCAGCCAGCCAAAUAGUGCUGAUGUGGCGCUAAUUGAAGAACUUGCCCAAAAGUACCUAGAUUUUCUCAACUGUUCAGGGGCAAGCAGCUCAAGUUUGAUGACUCCAUGUCGCCUGAAUAUAUACAAACCUCAAAAGCCAAGUGCGACAUCGAUGUUCUAUUUGGAGAGCGCUAGCUCGGAUACCGAAGAUGCGGAAAUUAUGCAGAAUCUUAUCCAACAAGAGGAUGAGCGAGGUGAACGUUCGCGACGUGAAAAGAAAUUAAGGCAUCGCAUGAGACGUUUGACUCUAUCGUCGAAGAAUUUGUUUAGCGAGAAAUAUGCCACAUUGUUGCGCCGCAUAGAACCCAAAAUACCAGAGAAUGCCACACAAUCGCUGACCAGCAUAUUUGGUGGUCUACCCAGUCCUGGUCAUAGCUCGAAUGGCUCCCGUGGACGACGCCGCAGAGCCCAAUCCCGAUUCGCAUUAAGUCGUAAGGGUACUCAACCAAAUAUUGUGCGAUCCAUAAGCAAUGAUACGGGAGUUAGACCAACAAGUGCCCAUCAUUUAACUGUCCCCUUGCUGGCUGAUUAUCAAGAAAAUACACGCUCGGCUCCCGAUUUGGGUCCAUUGGAAGAGGACUCGACGUAUCUAAGCGAUUCCAGUGAAGAUUCUCUGCAGUUGGGUGUUCUAAUUGCAGCGCCAAAGAGCCAGAAUUCAAUUGAUGAUGAGUUGCAAGACAAUUGGAUAAAACCGGGUGAAACCCGAAGCUGCGAGAAUAGUCAAUUGGACUUGAAGGCAGGCGAAUCCAAGCCAUAUCAUAUAUUGAAAGAAUUGAAAAAUUUCUCCCAUUGCUUAAGAAAUAUGUUGUAUCCCAGGGCAAGUAAGGAUAACGAAAUUAUUGCUUACAAUAGGAAACCUUCUUUGGUAUUAAGUUUGGAGCGUAAAACCUAUUACAGCUCUCAGCCAGAAUUACCCACUUGUUCCGAUAAUAAUGAAGGCAAUAGAAAACUUAGUCAAUCAGUUUCAAUGUUGCAAUUGAAUGAUUUACCCAGUUAUGAAAUAAAAAGUCAGAAAAAAGAAGUGGAGGAUGCCAUCAGAGAGAAGGAGGCAGCAUUUAAAUCACAGUCCUUAACUCCUGUACCCGAGUUGCGUGUUUGUCCUUCGUCACCUCAAUCAACGCCCACGAAAGCUGAGCUAGUUAGCCAUACCUUUGACCAACCACAACAACGUUUAGAUCAUUUUGUAUAUAUCUCUAAUAGUACUAACCAUAGUAAUAACAAUAAUCAAUCAUCAUUGCUUGCUCCAUUUGCCAUACAACAACAACAACAACAACGUGAACUUAGGUCCAGCACUGAAAUCCAACAGCAGCCAUCGAUAGGAACUGCAGUAACUGAUGCUACAGCCAUACCUGUUCCAGUCGCUGCUAUGACCAGCAACACAGAAAUACCCAAUGCCAAACGUUUUGCUUCACCGGUGAAUACCAGUCGCCUUAAGCUCACUCCCAGCCCAUCUAAAAGUGGCAUAUCGGCGACUACAAAUGCAGAUAGUGCUUCAACAUCAACCACAUCGACGGCCACAACUAUGGUGCCCACCACUGUGGGGGAAAUAUGUCGUCGCUCAUCGGAUUCGGAUUUAAGUGUUACUCCCAAAGGAAAUUCAAUUUGUGUGGCCAGUGAGCGUUUAGUAGCUGCCACAGCCAUGAUGCGUCUAUCUCAGCCUGUGGCAAAAACUGGAGCAACAGCUGAUACGCUAGAUAUGCUGGAAUACCCCUUCUUGACCAUGACAAAAUAUCCUACAGGCUUCAUACUUCAUUUGGGUGCAACUGUGGCAGCCCGCUCAGUGAAAUUACUUGAACGUGUACCCAAUCCCGAUGAACCGGAGGUGCGUGAUAGCUGGUGGACUGAAUUGCGUAUGGAGAUACGUUCGCAUGCCCGCUCUCUGGGUUGUAAUGUGGUAUUGGGCUACGCGGAGACCACAACCAUUUCUGAUGAUGUGUGUGUAUUAUCCGCCACUGGAACGGCGGCUGUGAUCAACAUGGUGUUCAAUAGAUCAAUUUCACAAACCGAUAUAUUUGCAAUAUCCAAGGCCGCGACUACUCUGCCACCAGGAGGCAUGUCCACUUCUCUGGAAGAACGGGACGCAAAUGGCAGCGAACCAAGUGUAAGCAAAGAAAGCGGUUCAACAAGUGGAGCUGGCGGCUCGAGUACAGGCAAGCGUUAUGGAAUGCCACCAUUGCUUAAUGGCUCUCGCAAUACUUGCGUCAUUUGUCAUAUACCCUACAAUUUGAGCUCUGUGCCCUUCAAUGUGAAAAUGAAGAAAUGUGCGGUUUGUCGCAAGGGUCGGGUGCCCGACGUCCUAUUGGCCACAUUGGAAGUACCCGAGUAUUUACAGGUCACCGGACGCGGUUGCUUCAUGCAGGCUCAAGUGGUACGCGCUAAAAGAGAUUUGCGUUCCGAAUUGAAUGCCAAAGAGAUUUCCGAUGGUCUACCAUUUCUUGAAUACGAGCUCCAUCGGGUUUUGAUCAAUAAGCUUAAGGCCAAGGGAAUGAAUGCCAUUUUCGGACUACGUACACAAGUUGCCAUUGGAGAGCGAAUGAUUGCUUUAAUAGCCACCGGAACAGCCUUGUUUCUAACAGCAUUGCCGGUGCCUCAAGUACCCAAAAUUGUGGCCGGAAAUUCGUGGACUGAUAAGCAAAAGCUAAAUGAGUUGCAAAAGAAAUUGCAAGAGACAUUUGAACGUAACCAGGAGAUCUAUCAGCUGAAAAGUAUGGAUCCCGAUUUAGCUUUAGCAUCAGGAACUGCCGCCACGGGCCAAAAUGCAUCCGGUGAAAGUCGUCAAUCUGAAUCAGAUGAUUCCGAUGAGGAGGAAAUUAAUGAAAUCGAUUUGAAUUGCGGCAAUAAAGAGUUGUGCGUCCUGGAAGUGGAUGACAUAGAAGACUUAGAGAUUAUAUCCUUGCUAAUGGAACCUUAUCCACCGGAGGGAUUUCAUGUGGUUAAUACCCAGAAUGUACCUGGAAUGCAGGAAAUGGAUACGGUAAAGAAUUUGCAAAUGUUUACCCAAGUUUGGCGUGCGCGCCUCGAUGUGGGACAGAGUGUCAAUGGAUUUCCAAAACAUUUUCAACGCUUACUGCAGACAAUUUACUUCAAAUUGCGCACCAUGAUACCCUGUGCUAUAUGCGAUUUGCGUUUUCGUUUGGAUCUACCCGAAACGGAUCAAAUCCAAUUACUAGUGACUGGUAUGGCUAUGGGUCUAACUGAUGGCAAUAAAAUGAAAUAUCGCCGCCGUCAACAACCGCAACAGCAGCAGAAUGGCCUCCAUGAGGUAGCUACUAUAGCCGCCAUGACAGCGCCACCACCUCAAUCUUUGAUAAUGCAUCCCACGCAAUCGCAACCGGAGAUAAAUGGCAAACGUCAGCUACAAGAAGAAGAUUACAUAUUCCCUCUCGAUGAGGAUCAAAUGGUGGAUACACCGACACCAACUAGCUCUGCCAUACCACCAUUUGGCAUGAGUUCUUUUAAAAUGCGCAAAACGUCACCAUCACGGCUGGGCAAUUUGGGCAACCUGACACCGGGUCUUUCACCAGCAGCGAUAGCACACAGGUCCCUUAACGCGGCUCCAAUUCCGCGUAAUCGUUUUUUUCCCCUGCGGGAUCGUUUUGGUGUGGAUUUGACGCCAUUGAGUUUUAUACCCGGUGGACGUAUUGAGAAGUAUUUGGGCAAUUUGAAUUUCUUCUUCAUCCGAGAGAGCACUUCGAUACGCGAGAAUGGUGGUAUUAGUGGCUUUGUUCAUGGCUUUAUAACCGAAUUACUAGCUGUAGUCAGAGCCCACAUAGCUUCAGUGGGUGGCAAUGCCAUGGUCUCAUUUUACAUCACGGAAUUGAUAUUGUUUGAUAAUCAGCAUAAGAACCAGGGUCAGUGCCUGAUUAGCAUUGGCGGCGAUGCUGUCUAUGUUAGCUACUACGCUGAUGACUGAUAUAAACGUUUGCGGGGCAUAUAGCGCUUAUUUUACGCCAACCGUCCCAAGAGUCUUUAUUUGUGAAGAAACAAAUGUACUAUCAACGCCAAGUUUACUUAGCCCUCACUCUCUAUAUGACUAUAUCCAUGACUUCCUCUUCAGCACUGACUUUAUGACAAUUGAUUGCCCAGCAUUCUUUAAUUUAUACAGUGGUACUUAUUGCAUGAUAGUCGAGAGCUUGCUCUAGACAUAUUUUCUUACCAACCAGAAAACAGAAAUCCAAACCUAUUUUAAGAAGGUGAAACACUUUUUAGAACUAGUUUGGCAUCUUUCUGGUUGCCUUCCCAAAAAUACAAAACAAUUAACUCUACUUAAACUAAACUAGUUCUAGUUGAAUUCUACUUAUCUGCAAUAUACGAACUGUGAACUGUUCUAUCUUUAACCUUAGAGUAGUGUGAAUUUUGUUCAAUCUUGUUAUGUCUAACUUUUUUUUUGUUUUUUGUCAACUUAUUGUACAUAUAGCUUAUAGCUGAUGUUUAUUGAAUUUAGAAAUUAUAUAUCUAGCUAGAAAGAUGAUACACAAUACACAUACGUAUAAACAUAAAAUACAAUAGAUAAAAAUACAUAUUUGAAUGUAUGUAAAAUAUAGUAAUAUAACGAAAUGGUUGCAAAAUAAAAUCAAGAAAACUUUUGCUCAAA